AUGUCUAAUACAGAAUUAUUAUCGGCUCAACCAACAGAAAAAGUUGAUGAAUUAACUUGUUCCAAUACAGAAAAUGUUAUUGUUUCGUCUGAUCAAGAUAAGUUAAAAUUGACUACUGAUGGUUCAAAUGAAUGUUCGAAAGAUAUGGCUGAUGUCGAUUCACAAUUGAAAAAAUCAAUAUCUGAACCUGAUACAAAGCCUUCCAAGGAUAAUGAUUUUCAUUUAAUUAAAUGGAUUGAAUUUAAUUUUGAAAGAUUACCAAUUCUUUUACAAAAUGUGAAUGGUCCAUGUCCUCUACUUGCUAUUUUCAAUAUUCUAUUACUUCGAAAACGAAUAGUUCUUAAUCCAGACAUCGAUGCAAUCACUACCGAACGAGUUAUAACGUUACUUGCCGACUACAUUCUGGAACUUGAUCAAUCUAAAUUAUCUGAUGAAGAACGAGCAAACUAUGAGCAUAAUGUUCAAGAUGCGCUAGCUGUUCUUGAAAAACUUAAAACAGGCUUAGAUGUUAAUUUGAAAUUCGAUGGUGUUGACCAAUUUGAAUAUACACGCGAAUGUAUUGUAUUUGAUUUAUUGAAUAUUCAGUUAUUUCAUGGAUGGGUUAUCGAUCCGCAAGAUACUGAAUUACGAACGAUUGUGACUACAGAUGCAGCAAGUUAUAAUCAAUUGAUUGAAAAAGUUAUUCGACAACGACACUCAGAACGAGAAGAACUUGUUCGAGAAAGUUUAUUAAUUGAACAAUUUCUCGAUGAAUAUCGCUCACAGUUAACACAUUAUGGCAUUCUUCAAUUAAAUCAAACAAUGCGCGAUAAUCAAUUAGCUGUGUUUUUUCGCAAUAACCAUUUUAGUACCAUAUGGAAAAACCGAAAGCAACUUCUUGUACUUGUGUCUGAUCAAGGCUAUUUAGAGCAUAAAUCUAUAGUCUUCGAAACAUUAACUGAUGUUGAUAACGAUACUCUAUUUACGGAUGGUUAUGGACGAACAUGGCAAAAACCAGAAACAACUGAUUCUUCUCGAGAUCGUGAUCUAGCUUUAGCAUUACACGAUGAAGAAGAACGUCUAUAUCAACAGGCUCAAUUGCAACAGCAAAGAGAGCAGCAGCAGCAGCAGCAGCAGCAGCAACAACUACAAUAUAUACCAAAUCCUAGUCAAUCGGCACAUUCAUCUACAGGACAAUCGAGAAAAUCUAAAAAUAAACCAAAACGUUCGCCACAAGAUGGCGGUGAUAAAGAAUUGUGUAAUAUAUCUUAA